CGGAAGUGCGUGUCCUGUGUCAGCUUUGGUGAAAACAAAACAAGACAGAACGGUGGCACCAUGAUGGAUGAGCUGGUGCAGGACCUGGUUUUGGCUCUGGAGCAGUCCUCAGAGCAGAGUAAACUGGGCGAGCUGUGGGAGGAGAUGGUGCUCAAUCCACUGCAGCAGCAGCGCAGGCAGGUGCGGCGGCGUAGAGCACAGCGCAGGCACCGGGACUCCUCUCUCUACCAUUACUGGCUCGAGGCCUCUGAGUCCAGUAUGGACGAAGCCUCCAGAGGCUACAGAAGGAGCCUAGCCACAGCCUCUGUGGCCAACUGCAGUGACUCGGAUGAACGGAACACAAGCAGCCGAUGGCAACGGAUGAGGAGACGGCCCCUUAGAAGUAGACCGUCCACAUGGCCACACUAUGAUUCUUACACUGAGAAUUCACCGGGACGACCACUCAGGAGGAAGAGGAAGGUUAAACGCAUGACCUCUGAUGUCAUUCCCCGAACGCAGCCCAAGCUGAGGGGUCCUACUGUGGACCAAAGACCGGCACCCAGGAUGCAGCAUCUGUCACGAUCAAAGAACAGGUCUGGUGGCUGGGUGAGGGCAGAGCAACCAACCGAAGGAGCCCGGCUCAUGGGACAGGAGCACUGGAAGAGGAAACUCUCACGGGCCAGUGAGCACCAGGAUGGAGCAGAGGAGAAGAUGUCAGAUGGAGAGACCAGCAGUACCUGCAGCAGUGAUCCUGGGCUUUUCACUAAUGAUGAAGGGAGGCAAGGUGAUGAUGAACAAAGUGACUGGUUUGUUGAGGGGGACUGUGGAGUCAGGACAAGUGUAACCAGUCUUCGAUCCAACUGGGACUCAGAUAGCCAGCAGUCCCUGGAUAAAUGCUCCUCAGCCACUUUCCUGCAGCCAGCACGGCCUUCUCGAGGGUAUUGUUCCCGUCUGGCUGGCACUGCUGCCUGCUCCAUCCGAAAGGAAAGAAGACGGAUUCCAACCAAGGCAGGGCGAAUACCCGUGUUUGUGAGAAGACUGAGACACUUACCUGAAGACCGCUAUCAGAGAGGUUUUUGGUUGUCCUCAUUUGGCAGUCAAGAACAAAGUCAGUUGAACACACUGUGCCCAUCACCUGUGCGUCCUAUUGACAUGGUGUCGGAGAGCCCCCAUCUCAGAUGUUCCUCCUCCAUUCGCUCUAACAGGCAGAUUAACAUCCACCCAAGAAUAGUUUGUACAGAAGACAUGAGAAGGAGGAGGAGCAAAUCAUCAUCCAUCAUAUCAGCAUGCAGUCUAUCCCAUAAAGAAAAACCAUGAGGAAAUGAAGAUCAGAGUUGUGGAGCAUCAAAGUCUGUGACAGAGAGUGACUUAGCCUAUACACAGAAGCAAAGAUUCAACCUGACCUGGCCUGACGUCUACACAGGCCUUAAGGAAAAUGACUGUUGUGAAAGACACACAAAACUCCUGCUUUCCAAAGUUGGAAAAUACAAAGCACAUCAUUAAUCUUCAAAUCAGCAUGUUACAGUGAAAGCCCAUCUUUGCAGGUAGUAUAUUAAGCUUGACAAAUGGUAAUGCAAUCAAGGCUUGUUAAGACUGCGCUAUCUCCUGGAGGAAGAACACAGCUUCAAGAGGCCUCUUGUUUGACUCAAGACUCUGCAACUCCUCCUGUCUCUGCACAGUCUCCAGGCCACCUGCUACUACACAAUCCAACAAUUAUGGCCACUUUUAUAGAGCCGCGUUUGUCAGCAGGGACUCUAGAGGGAGGAUGGUUAGGAUGGUCUCUCAUAAUUGUUUUACACAGACCGAAGCCAGACACAGACCACCAUCAGAAUGUGUAGCUGCUACACGCUGCUUUGGGUUCAGAGAGGAAGCCACCAGGAGAGAUUCACAUAAUGUACAGGCCUCCCAUUAGCAUGCAUUAGAAAUGCUACACCUGAUACAAAGGUACUCAUUAACACAACACAGACGUGUGUAGUCUCUGUGUUCAGAGAGCUCUUACCUUCUUUAUUCAAAUUCUUCCAAAUUUAGGUUCAAGUUCCAGAUCUGUUUGAAUAGGCUGCUUUUCACUGGGGUGUAGCAUUAGCUGCUUGUGACUGCUUGUGAAGCCACAUAGAAGCAGGGCAGGGCUCUAUGGCAAAAUGAUUAACGACAAUAAUUUGCCCCAUAUUGAUCAAUCUCAAUUUUGGAUUAAAUUUUAUUUUAUUUUUACAAAAAUGUAUUUUAAUAUUAAGUUUUAUGAAUAGAGACAAUACAGACUAGACUAGGCUAGACUGAUAUACAUUUCCUGGAUUCCAAAGGCUUUAGAAACAGUAAAAGAUCAAUGACAGCUGCAGGGGAAAUGCAAGCUUUACUUUAAAAAAUAUAUGCAUUUACAUAAAAAAAUAAAUGCAGUAGCUCAUGUAUACGAAAAACACAGUGCUUCAUAGCAACAAGGGUCACUUGGUAUGCACAAAGUAUUCUGAGGAGAUAACUUUUUAGCGUAAUGAAGUGCUGAAUUACCAGCCACAUAUUGUAUGUGGUUUUGGUCACUUUUAAAGCUGCAUUCAAGAGAAGAAUCGCAUUUAGUGGAAUGAGAUUUGCCAAUUAAUGUGAGUUAUAUGUGUGCAAUAAUCCGUCUGGGAAAGCUUUAUGUGAUCAUGUUGGCCAGAGAUGACAUUUAUAAAUGCUGUGUGUGCACGCUGCUCUAAUGGAUACCUCACAGAAGACAGACCUCCACACAGGGAUCAGUCAAAGGGUUGAGGUUCUUCUUCCUACCCACCAAUCUUUAGCACUAGUCCUCAUCAAAUCAAACACACAAUUCAACAUCCACAUGACUUAGCUCUUAGAUGCAAUGAUUGACAGAGGAAGGCCCAUUGCUCCACAUUCAGUCCACUCUGUUCGUGGCAGUGGAUAAGGCUUCAUCUGACUUCAUACUAAUUAACAGUUACUAUAGAGUAAUGAUGUCCCAGCCAAAGUGCAUGUCUCAAAGUGAAUUCUUAAUAGCCAGGAAGCAGGCCAUGUGGCUUCCUUGCAGCUAGUCAAUUGCCCUGUUACAGUUAAGGAAUCCAGCUGGCUGAUUCUCAUAUUUCAUCCCAGGUAAAGAUUACCUGUCAGUCCCAUGGGAGAUGUAUUGAUCUGUUUUCCUUUUUCCGCCAGCAAUCACCUGACAAAGGCACCUAGGAGGCCGGUGAAUGAGUGAUGCCUGCUCUGUCUGUGGCUGAAUGGGGACUUCCAUGCCACUGGAUGGGUGGAGUUGUGCUGAGUAACAAUGCAGAUAAUGUCAUCAUAAAGUGUGUUUGAACCUCCUCUAUAUGCUCACAGGACAGUCCCUUUGUGCCAGAGGUUAGGGGUCUGUGUGGCUCCCGUCUUAUCCAAGGUGUUUGUUUCUCUGUGUAGCACACAGUAGAGGCACACACUAAAGGAGCCCUCUGGUUCUUGCUGACAAACGCAUGUUGACUGUUACUAAUGUUCAGCUUGUUUUCCCACAAGUGUUGAGAACCAACUCAUCUGGGUGGAUGUUGUGAUGUGACAAUUCCCCACAGUAAAACAUUUAAAUGUUGCAUGUUUUUGGCAGCUAUUUGCUUUUUUACUUUGCCUUGUUCAUUGGCGGUUUCUGUGAUAUACUGUACCAAAGGUACUGCUUUUAUAGUAUUUGCACUAUAAUUGUAUAUUAUUUCAGACAUGAUGCCUAAUUGCUUUCUACUAUAUGAAACAUUUGAACAAAUAUAUAUUUAAUGUAAUUUAUGAAGAUAGUUCAGUACUUGUGCACCACUGUGUCAUUUUUUAAAACAUCACAGAUUGAUAUACAAGGAUUUAGAUACAUGUCCCUGAUCAGGGUUCUUGGGCAGCUAUCCACAUUCGAUAUGUACCGGUAUAUGAAUAUAAACAGCAUCUUAUCUAAUCGGCUGUUAUCUUUUAUUUUUUAAUAGUGUUUGGGGCAUGGCUAAUUGCUUUGUAAAUAAUUUAAUAGGAUUAUCCCAUCUACAUAAAGUGUGCUGUGUCAUACUACAUGUAGAAGAAUUACAAUUACAAUUUAAACAGCAAGUUCAACAUAUUCAAGUGUAUGCACUGCUUAGUCUAGUUUUCUGUCAUGUUCUCGUCAGCCCAUGUUGUUUGUGAAAGGGCCAUUAAGGCUUGUUUCAGUGUUUCCUAUGUGAUGUAUGUCAAAUGAUGUUCAAUAAAUCAGUGGGUAUUCAUG